GCAGCGAUACAAAAUACGAAAAUGAGGCGGGAUCACCACAGAGGCUGUGACUGCUUGUCCAUCUGUGACUGGAUCAAGCAUUACCGGACUCUUCCUCCGCAGGGGACGUUACCACCCAGAACCACCAGCAAAAAUGAUGAUGUUUACUUACUCCCUGCUGGCUUCUGUCUUCUUCUGCACAGGGCUGUCCGUGAAAAGUAUCUACCCAUGCGACAAGCAUAUGUUCCUAAGCAACGUUCACAUCUGCAGCUCACUUUUUAACAAGAGCAUGGAGACAAGUGGACACCAUGAAAGAUGCACAUGGCCAGCUGUAAAACGGAUCUACAAUCAACUGAAGCUUUGUGUGGACCUCUGGGCGAAGAAAUCUUUGUGUCUGAGUCGGGGGUCCUUGGUGGACGACUUCUUCCAGGAGGUCCAUCGGGAGUACUUUGCGUCCUGUGGACAAGUCCAAGACCCCCCGCUCCCUACCAUGAUCCUGCUAAUAGCACCAGGUAUCAUAGCCACACUUUUCCUGCCCCUUCUCUGCAUCAAACUCACCACCUGGAACAUCGAGAUGCCCAACACUUUGGGACUGUGAGAUGCGGGUUCGACAAAGGGAUAUGUUUUACUCGUUUCUUCACGCUCAUUGGGCCCGAUUCCUCCAGUUCGCUCUUUAUUAUUAUUAUUUUUAUCCACUUUUUAAAUGUUUUCUCCCAUCCAACCUGCAGACACACCCACCCUAUCCAGGUAAAGCAAAAAUACCUAAAAGGGAACCCCUGUUAUGCAAAACCAACUUUUCUUACCUAUUGGCACCUGCUGUUGUGUAUUUGGGAUCUGCAUAAGUCCCGAAAAUAUGACAUCAAACCGUGCAAAUAAAAAUAAUCUUGCCUUCCUUCAUUCUGGAAUUUUCCCCACUGGUGACGUUUUUCUCAGGUGGGGAUGUCAGCGGAUACCGUAUUACCUUGAAUUGCCGCCAGGUAUAUAGUAUGCGCCUGUUUAGAAUUACUGCAGGGGUCAAUCUCGUUUCACAAAAUAAUUAGCGCAUGCUUAGCAUUACCGCCGGCUCAGGAUUAACUCAUUUCAAACUCAUUUCGCAAAAUAAUUAGCAUAUGCCUAGAAUUUCCACCGGGUCAAACUCGUCACGUCACGAGUGAUCCAUCACCUGUCAUCAUUUUCAAAAUGGAGGAGGCUGAUUUCAAUCAUUUGAAAUCGCAUAAAGGGAAGAAGAUUAAGAGCUAUUCAGUAGGAUUUAAAGUCCAAGCUAUUGAAUAUGCUAAAAAGAACAGUAAGCAGCUAUGUUUUAUUAAUAUACCAUAGCUGUGUGUGUCAAAUAUGAGUCAUUAAAUGACUCCCGCCUCCUGGUGGUAGAGGGCAGUAGUGAUCCUUCUUGCGACAACUCGGCUGCAGAAGAAGUGACAACAAACAGCAAGAUUGAGCAGCGAUCGUUUAUUUUUUCGUCUCGCUUGCACUUUUAACAUGGAGGAUUACAUAUCUAAAAUAAAACAGUUUUCUAAACUGGACUUUCAAUCGAAGCAGGAGGUAAUAAAGGGAGAUCUCCAUCGAGACAGAGAGACUUUUUAAAACUGAAGAAAGAUAAGGAAGACUUCUAUAAACAAGUUAUCGAUGCUUUUGAUCAGAAGGAGCUGCGCAUGGACUUCAUUUAUAAUUUAUUAAAUGUGCUUUUCAUGAUGUAUCCUUACAUCACACUCAAAUUCAUAAGCCCAGGCCUAAAUUUACCGCAUGCCUUUGGUAAACGCCGGAAUGAGAAGAGGUUUUAAAUUAAUUAGCGCCUCGGCGGCAUUUCAAGGAAAUACGGUAUCUCCAAAUAUUUACCCAGACUUCUCUGUCCUCUUCAAUCAAUCAAUCAAUCAAUCAAUCAAUCAAUCAAUCAAUCAAUCAAUGUUUACUUAUAUAGCCCUAAAUAACAAGUGUCUCAAAGGGCUGCACAAGCCACAAUGACAUCCACGGUUCAGAUCCCACAUCAGGGCAAGGAAAAACUCAACCCAGUGGGAUGUCCAUGAGAAACUUUGGAGAGGAUCCCCCACCCCCCAGAAUGACCGGUGCAAUGGAUGUCGAGUUCAUCUAGCAUAAUAUUGUGAGAGUCCAGUCCAUAGUGGAUCUAACAUAAUAGUGAGAAUCCAGUCCAUAGUGGAUCUAAAAUAAUAGUGGGAGUCAAGACAGACAGAUAGUGGUUUUCUGAAGUGUCCCUGAUCCCAUGUGGUGAUAUCCUUUACACACUGAUGUCGCUUUUUGAUGCAGUACCGCCUAAGGGAUCGAAGGCCACGGGCUUAGCCGCUUACGGGCAGUGAUUUCUCCAGAUUCUCCGAACCUUUAUGAUAUUACGGAGGGUAGAAGGUGAAAUCCCUCAAUUCCUUGCGAUAGCUUGUUCAAAAAUGUUGUUCUUAAACUUUUCGACAAUUUGACCCACGCCCCAUACUUGUUUGUGAAUGACCGAGCAUUUCACGGAAGCUGCUUUUGUACCCAAUCAUGGCACCCACCUGUUCCCAAUUAGCCUGUUCACCUGUGGGAUGCUCCAAAUAAGUGUUUGAUGAGCAAUCCUCAACGUUCUCAGUCUUUUUAAAGGGGAACAUUAUCACAAUUUCAAAAGGGUUAAAAACAAUAAAAAUCAGUUCCGAGUG